AUGGCAGAAUUUCACUUGCCCGGUGACCCCUACUUCCCCAACCAAGGGAAUGCUGGUUGGAUUGUGGAAGAUCCGGAGGAAGAUUCUGAUGAGGGACCCAUGGAGGAUGAAGAACCCAUGGAAGAGGAAGAAUCAGUAGACGGUGAAGAAGAAGAAGAUGAAGAAUACUCGGAUGGAACCGAUUCGGAACCCAAAGUUUACAAUCCAUACCCUGCCCCUGUUCCUCCACAAAACUACCAGGGCCCGAUGCCCCAAGGGGGGUCAGCCGACCGAGCCCUCCCUUUCAUAGUUCACCAUGUCACAUGCCACGAAGAGCAAACAAGAGUUAACACCCGACAUCUCAUGGAAGUUGGUGCCACCAACCAGGUCAACUCCGCUCGUGUUCGCCGGUUGGAUGAUGACCACAAUCGAACUCGAGACCGCACCGAGCUUCUUCGCCAAGAGAUGGCCGCGACCCAAGCUGAAGUACAAGAACUCCGAGAACACCGAGUUGCUCUAGAAGGACGUCUGACAGAAGCAGAACGCCAGGUGGCUAAAUCCAAAGCCGAAAUGAGGAACCUCGUGUCUUCAUUUCGUGAUCAGCAGAGCUUCAACCACCGCAAUUAG